GUGUCAUAGAGACGGUGGUGAGGGUGGUUCUAGAGGGUUGAAAAAGAAAUAAGACAGGAAAAGCUUCGGCCAGUUUCCUCGCGCAUCAGGCCGCCGCGAGGUGCGCGUGUAACAUAGUGUGGAAUAAAAACGAGCGUCCAGCGUCGUUUUAUUUUUUCGGUAAUCAUCAUGCGACGGCGUUAUGUUCACGACUAUCCUUUAAACUCUGUCAUCAGUUACGACGAUACUUGAUCGCAGGCUAAGGAAGGAUAAACGAGAUAGAUAUUCGUCGUUAGUAAACUAAAUUUCACGACGACGACGACAACGACGACGACGACGACGACAACGACUAACCAUCUCCCACCCACCCUUACCCCAUCACCCCUCGUAUGUGAUAUGGUGACCCUGCAUUCUUCCAAAAUGGAGGAUCAUCCAGUUGGCAUUUCUCCUUCCUUAAGAACACUUACCUAAGGAUGACACGAUGAGAGGAAAACCAUACGAUUAUUCUAAGCAGAAAUACGCUAACACGAUAAAGCGCGGAAAAAGGUCGGGAGGGGUCACAACUGUUGGUGCGGCGAGGUCAGGUCGCGGUACUCUACAGAGGACACUCGUCCUCGUAUUUCUGGCGACAUUUCUCUGGCUGCAGAUUCAUGUGAUCAAUUUAACCAGCAGGGAUACGUCUGGACAGUCUUCGGCUAACGAGACGCUCUUUGCACUGGUCCCUCAGGAACUCCACAGGUUCCUGAAAGAGCGGCAUAAUGUGUCUUCGACGUCGAGCAAUGCAACUGCUGGCACGCUAACGGAUCUCGAAAUCGAGGAUAUACGUCGUAACAUCGAUCGUAUAAAUUCCGAGCAAAAGGUUUACAACGAGGAAGCGUUUGGUCCACUUGCCGCGGAUGCACCUAUCAUCGUCGUACAAGUUCACGUUAGGCUGACCUACUUGAGACACCUGAUCGUCUCUCUAGCGCAAGCAAGGGGCAUCGAACAGGCUCUUCUUGUUUUUAGCCAUGAUGUAUGGAACCCGGACAUCAACUACUUGGUUCAAAGCGUCGACUUUUGUCGUGUCAUGCAAAUAUUUUAUCCCCAUAGCAUACAAACGCAUCCAAAAACAUUUCCAGGCGAGGAUCCAAAUGAUUGUCCGAGAAACAUUCAUAAGGAAGAAGCCUUGUAUUUGAAAUGUAUCAACGCGAAACAUCCGGAUCUUUACGGGCAUUAUCGCGAGGCCAAGUUUACACAAACUAAACAUCAUUGGUGGUGGAAGGCUAAUAGGGUCUUCGAUCAGUUAACAAUAACGAAGAAUCAUACUGGUAUGGUACUAUUUCUCGAAGAGGAUCAUUACGUUGCCGAGGACUUUCUUCAUGUAUUGAGACUUAUGGAACGUACCUGCAAGCACAGCUGCGAACGUUGCAACGUCUUAUCGUUGGGUACAUACCUCAAGACCUACAACUAUUUCGCUGACUUCAGUCGUAAAUUCCUUGGCGUAAACGGCGCCUUACAAAAGGAACUUCUACGUGGAUUAAAGAAGCACGAGUCACCAGGCCUGCAGAAUGUUCUGAGCAGCAGUAGCAGCAGCAGCAGUAGCAGCAGCAGCAGCAGCAGCAGCAGCAGCAGCAGCAGCAGCAGCAGCAAAAGCAGCAGCAGCAGCAGCAGCAGUAUCAACAGCAACGCUAACAACGUUGCUGGUCUCAACGUCGUUGGAACCGAAAACGUUGCUGGAUUAUCGACCUAUCAGAGCUCACAGACGAUCCAAGCUGCACCUUCUUGGGCAUUCCAGCUCUUACCAACCCUCUACACUCACUAUCAGAAGGCCGAGGUAAUACCCUGGAUAUCGAGUAAACACAAUAUGGGUAUGGCGUUCAAUCGUAUUACAUGGAACAAACUGAGGAAGUGUGCCGUACAAUUUUGCUCCUACGACGAUUACAAUUGGGAUUGGAGUCUACAACAUAUAGCACAGACAUGUUUGCCACCUAGUAAAGGAGCUGGUGCAGCACCCCGUGUUGAUUCCGGCCUUAUUACCAUGAUGAUGAGAGCACCCAGAGUCUUUCACAUCGGCGAAUGCGGUGUACACCACAAGAAGAAUAAUUGCGAGUCGACCGCAGUUAUAGCGAAAGUUCAAAAUGUUUUGAGAGCUGCGAGAGACCAUCUCUUCCCGUCGCAAUUAACCUUAACGGUUGCUGGUAUGGCCAAGAAGACUAAAUUGAGAAAAGGUAAUGGAGGAUGGGGAGAUGUUAGGGAUCAUCAGCUUUGUUGGAACAUAACGAUGUAUCCAGACCUUGUCCUGCCUUAAAACAAAAAAAAAAACAGAGAAAAGAAGAAGGAGAAGAAAAAAAUAAGGGGAGGGAAGAAGAAAAGGAACAACUGCGUCCGAAGAAAAAGAAAAAUGAAGAAUAUCGCAAAAAGAAAAAAUUAUCACAAACAGACAACGUUAAUACUUAAAAGGAACAAGUUUUUACGCCCACUGUACUUACUGAUUCUUAGCGUUUUCCAAUAUUUCUCAUCAACACGAAUAUCGUUUCCCAUUGUAAUAUGAAUGAUCGAUUGAUUUAACGUGUUGACCGAGAAAAGACUCUCUAUCGGUACGAACUCGAUUCGUUCGUUAUCGAGCUUUUAAUAUGUGUCUUUCAAAUCGUGAUCUCUGGAAUGAGAUAAUAUGUCUCUCUGACAUAUAUCAUCAGUGUAUAUCUGCAAAUGAGAAUAAUGAAUUUAUAUAUAUAUAUAUAUAUAUAUAUAUAUAUAUAUAUAUAUAAUGUGCAAAAGAGACCUAAAUAAAUGCUCUCUUUCGUUCGCACACGAAUAUCAUAAACGCGUGUUUAUUACUCACAUGAGAUUAAUCCUAUUACGUUUAGAACUUGUUGAGUGUUAAUAAAUCCUUCCUCUCUAAUUUGAGAUACACUACGUUGUUGAAUACAUAUAUAUAUAUAUAUCACUGUGAGAAAAUCGUGAAUAAAAGGAAAAAGGAAAAAAAAAGGAAAAAGAAAAAGACAAAUAACAUAACGCGCGCGUAAUGGUCCAAUGAUAUACACCAUUAUUGAAUUCUUUCCAUUUUUCGUGUUCGUUCGUUCUUUUUUUCUUUUCUUUUUUUUCUUUUCUUCUUCUUUUUCUUUUUUUCAAUCACGACACACUUGUUAUAAUAGUUAUGUAAGAAGAAGAAAAAAAAGAGAGAGAGAGAGAGAAAGAAAACGAAGGAAAAAAAUAAUAAUAAUUCACAGCGAAUUUAUAAAUGAUUAAUCGUUGUUUGACGUCUAUCAACACCAUGUACGUUCCUAUUUUUGAUCGAUUAUAGUUUAAUACAAUCCUGUGAAAUUUUUCAAGAAAUUAUGUAUGCAUUCACGUGAAUAAUAUUUCUCCAAGUCGAAGAAAUGUAAUGAGUUAUGGUCAUCGUACAACGAGAGAAAGAGAGAGAGAGAAAAAGAGAGACCUCAGCGUUCGAUUUGUUUUCCUUUCGAAUUAAAACACUGGCCGAAGUUUGUCCCGAAAUACGCACAUCGUACUCUAGUCAUAAGGGUUGGGCAAUAUUUAAUUCAAUUAACGAUUAACUAUCUAAGAUUUUAUUUCAUAUCGAUGUUAUUUCGUAUAACAGAAAUAAAUUAAUUAUUUGGAUCAUUGGUUGGAUUCAAUGAUUGAUCAUUAAAGUAUUUUUUAUUGAAUGAAAUCGAUUUUGUUUAUAUAUAUAUAUUUUUUUCUUUUUUUCUAUUAUCUUAUUGUAAUUUGAAAUAUUUUUUUCUUCUUUUUUUUUACAUUAAUCGGUCAAGAAAGUUGAAAAGAAACAAACAAGAUGAUUCUAUUAAGGAUUAAUUCGUCAAUGGUUCACAGUGCAUGCGUGUAUGUAUGUGUGUGUAUGUGUGUGUAAAAAAAAAGAAAAAGAAGGAAAUUAGAUAUUAUAACGUGUGUUUUUCAAUAAUUUUAAUAAAAAUUUAUCAAUAGUUUUAAUUAGUCAAACUACGGAAUGAAUUUACGAAUAAAAUGAAAAAGUGAAUCGACGAUUGUCGAGUCACAGAAACGUAAUAAAUUAAUUAAUACGAUAAAGAAGGUCUUUUUACUUUGCAAUUAAUCGUUAAAAAGAUUUAAUGCCUGCGCGAAAAAAAAUUUACCAAUUUAGGAAUCUGCGAUAAAGACGAAAAGGCUAAUUAAAUAAUUAUCGUCGUAUCACAAGGAGAUGUAUGAAACAUUAUUUAAAUUAUUUAUGAAGACUAUACGAGAUAAUUGAUCAACAAUGAUUUUAUUUUGUAAUUAAACGUUUUAAAAAUUUCUUAUUUAAGAAUUUACGGCGAAGAAAUUCGUCAAUUUACGAGUAUACGAAAACUUCGAGAAAAUGAACGAACGAUUGUUUGUUAGACUUGACAAUCAUUAAUUCGCAUUUUAAUUUUAUUUAUAAACUUGCAAACUGAUUAAAUAUAUCACACAUGCAUAUAUAUAUAUAAAUAAACAUUAAUUUCAUUUGAUAAUGAUUACUCCGUCUAAUCGUUAAUCAUUUGAUCCAAUUAACCGAAUAACUAUUAAUAAAUUUAACUUCAUCGUGUUAUAACGGGAUUAACAUCGAUUGAAAUAAAAAUUAAAAAUCGUUUGUCAUUGAUCGAAUGAAAUAUUAUCUAACGCUGCUAGUCAUUAUUAUGUAAUAACGUAUCGAUACAAAAAGAAAAAGUAAAAUAAAGGGAGAGGAAAAAAAAGAAAAGAAAAGAAAAGAACGUUUAAAAAAGAGAGAGAGAGAGAAAGAGAGAGAACUAAUUGUACGAAAAUAAUCAAUAUUGUAGAACGUAAGCAUUUUAGGCUAAGCAUUUAUUACCAUAGAUAGGGAUACUCAAGACAUCUUUAACGUAUCUCGCCACGGAGAGAUUAGGAUUGUAAUACCCUGUACAUUUUAUAUUUAUAAAACGAUUAAAAAGAAAUGAAAGCAAAAAUAAAAAUGUCAGAUUAAUAAAAAGAAAACAAAAUUAAAAAAAAAAAGAGAAGAAGAAGAAAGGAAAAGAGAUAAAUACGAGAGAUACAUCGAAGAACUAACGUUCUAUUUCGAUUCUAUUAUUAUCAUUAUCAUUAUCAUUAUCAUUAUCAUUAUCAUUACCAUUAUUAUAUUAAUACUUUCCAUUCGUAUAAAAGACAAAAACUUUUUUUUUGAAGGGGGUGCAGGGAGAGAACUUGUUGUUUCAAAAAAGAAAAAAAGGAAGAAAUAAAAGAAGAGAAAAGAGAGAAAAAAGAAAAAAUAAUGCAAAAACUCUACAAUCCUAAACGUUUGUGAUAAGAAGGCACGUUAUCGUCGUAUUCCACUUUCAUGAAGUUCCCUGCUAUCGGUCCCUCCAAAUUAUAUUUUUCCACGAACUUCUUCGUUGAAAAUCUACCACGGAAUCUGCCAUCCCUAUAAUCCCAUAUAAUUUAUAAAAUAUAUGAAAUGUUAUAAAAAGAAAAAAAACAAGCGAGAGAGAGAGAGAGAGAAAGAGAGAAAGAGAAGAAAAUAGAGAGCAUCGAUCGAAUGAAAAUUACGAUCGACUUAUAAAAUUAUCAUCGAUCACUUACCGAUUACUCAAUCUUCUCUCGUCGAAGGUAAUGGCGCCUUGAUUUUGUUUAUAAAUAAGAAAAACAUAACGAUGCUUUCCACUAUCCUUAGGUGGAGCUGGACCUACGUAUUCAGCAAGAAUUUCACCCUUAGCAACGUUUUCUUCAGGUAUAUUUCCAACAAUCCAAUGACGGAACUCUCUAUUGUAUCCUCUCGUUGGUACGUCAGGAUCUAAAAAUAGAAAAAAAAAAAAUCAAAGAAAGGAACGAACGAAGUCGAGUGUGCAAACAGGUUUCGAAGCUGGUGAAAGUGGUCUACCUCUUCACUGAUCUAAGGUCAUUCAGUAUCGUGUCACUUCUUUCGAGCUUCUUCACAAAUGAAAGAACGGUAAAAAGAAUAUAUAUAUAUAUAUAUAUAUAUAUAUAUAUAUAAUAUCUUUGAAUAAAAUUUCCUACAAAUGUUCUCAUACUCUAGAUAAAAUAUUUGUAUAAAAAUUUAACAAAGAAUUUUGUUAAAAUAUAGAUCUCUUUUUUAAUGAAACUUCUUUCGUAUAUAUAGUAUUAUGUAAAGAAAGAAAAAAAAUAUAUAUAUAUGUACCUGUCAUAAUAAGAGUAUAAAGAAGUCCUCCCACAUGUUUGUAAUGAAUUUCUGGAAUUUCUUGCGUUUGAGUAGGCGUCAAUUCGGUUCCUAGAUCAAUCGUAUUUUUACCAUACUUCACCUAACAAUUAAAAAUCUUUUAUCAUAAACAUUCGUAAAUUUUUCUUUUAUAUAUAAGAUUUAUUUAUUAAUCGUAUAUAUAUAUAUAUGUGUGUGUGUGUGUGUGUGUGUAUCGUAUGAAAUGAUACCUCGAUUUUUUCAUUGGGAACACUGUCCAAAAUAUCAGGUUGAAUCUUCGCUUCUUUGAAUUCCGAUGCUACGUCCGCUAAUACCAAACCGAUUAAACUCAGAAAAAUUCCUAAAAAUAAUUUCCUUAUCAAUCUGAUGAUAAAUUACAAAUAUUUUACAGACGUUACGUUUGUUUUCUUCUUUUUUUUUUUUAUGUACUCCUAUUUAAAGAGAGCUUUUAUCGUUUAUAUGUUCUUGUGAGAGUUUAUCGUUUAUACGUUUAUGACGAUAGUAAAGAGAAAUGUUGUUACUCGAAUGAGAUAAAAAAUAAAUGAAAUGAAAGAGUUUAAGACGUACCUAAGAAUUGUUGCGGCUUCAUCCUUGACACGAUACGAACGACAGCAACGUUGUAAGUGAGUUACCGUAGAAAAUGAAUGUCUUAUUUGAAGUCAUCCCCACCAUGCUUUUCUUCCCACAACAAGGACGACAUACGUAUCUUUUUAUCGGUGGUAUUUAUCGCUAGUUUCUUUUCCUUAAACAAAUGACACAAAUUGAACGAUAAAUGAUUAACGAUUAACAAUAGUAAUAAUUUUCGAACUUCAUAUUUUUUCUUUUUUUUUUUCUUGUAGCGUAAAGUCUCAUGUAAUUAGAUAAACUGAGAGAAAAUUAGGAACAUACUUUUGUCUAUGUCUUAGAAAUUUAUUAUAAAAUCGUAAUACAGUAUCAUAUCUCGACAAAUCCCGUAAAUUAAAUCGUACGAAUAUCGCUUCUUAUAUUUUACAAUAAUCGAUUAAUAUUCGGUUAUUAGAAGAUAGAACCACCAAGUUGCUUGUGCAAGAUUGGUACGUAAUCAUCGAAUUCAGCUUGGUACAUGUUUCCAGCAAUAGGAUCACCAAGAUUGUAUUUCUUUGCGAACUUCUUCAUAGAGAAGUUUCCACGGUUUUCGUUGCUCUUGUUUGUUAAACGUUUCUCAUCGAAAGUUAGUUUCUUAGGUUGCUUAUAUAAAAGGAAAACAUAACGAUGAAGGCCAGUUCCUUCUGGCGGACCAGAGCCAACAUACUCGGAGAGAGUUUCACCCUUGCUAAUGUCAGAGCCUGGUAUGUUGGCAACUAGCCAAUGAUGCCAUUCACGGAAUUUAGGAUCUUUUCUGCUAGGUGCAUCGGGAUCUAUGAAAAAAUCAAAAUAUAUAUUUAAUUUUUUCUUCUCGUAAAACGAUUAUUAUUUUAUAUUAUAAUAUAAAUUAAAAUAAAUCUAAAGUUACCUGUCAUACAAAGAGUAUAAAAAGUAUUAGCAUCGCCAGUCCAUUUAACUGUAGGUUGAUUCUUAACUUGAGUAGGAGUUAAAACUUUACCAAUCUCAACGACGAGAUUAUUGGGAUAGACCACGUCCAAUACGGCAGAUGGUACCUUAUCAAUGACGUCGGGAACAACCCCAUGUUUCUGCAAUUCUCCAGCCAUGGAAGACAGCAAACGAAUUCCAACUUUAAGGAUUGGCUGUUUAGCGACAAAGGAAA